AUGGCCAACAAACGGAAGCGCAUGGCCAAGGAGGCCAACAAUGACAAUCUACCCUCUCAAAAACGGUCAAAGAAAGAUGCCUCGACCACCAAUGGCUCAGCCAAGCCCAAGCCGUCGAAGGCGCUCGACAAGUCCCCGUUCACCGAGCAUCCUACCGUCGAUGAGCGCAAGAGAGAAUUAGAGCUGUACAAUAAACUAGGCAAUGAAGACGUCAGCGAUCGAAUCGAAGCCGCCGAUGCCAUCAUAUCCGGUCUUCUUGGCGAAGACUGUGUUCCCGAACCCGUCCUCUUGCGCCAUCUCGAAAAGCGUCUGUUCCGCGGUCUUGCCAGUGGCAGGAAUGCCUCGAGGCUCGGCUUUAGCCUAGUCCUGACCGAGAUUCUGGGCCAGUUAUUCGGGGAGAAGGAUUUGGCGAUUUCCAAGUAUCCGGGCCUACCAUUCGACAAGGUGCUGGGUCUCUUGCUGGAGAAGACACAAGUGGGAGGGGCCGGCUCGGGUCAGGAAGAGAGAGACCACUACUUUGGGCAACUCUUUGGCAUCGAAUGCUUUGUCCGCUCUGGUGUUCUCUCCGACAAAACCAGGUGGCUUCCGGUUCUGGACCUUCUGCUGAAGCUGUCGUCGAAGAAAAGCUGGUUGAAGUCGCAAUGCGGAUACGUCACCGUGCAAGCGAUAUCACAAAUGGACCAGAAGCUUGCUGAGGAUACCCUCGAGAAACUUUCCGAGGCAGGAUUCGCAAAGACCCCCGAGGGCGUGGGCAUCUGGAUCGCCGCGUUGGACCGCUUCCCUAAAAUGAAGGUUCCAAAACAGCCAUGGCGUCACCCUUUGAUAGCGACGUCUUUGGCUGCUCUACCCGCGGCUCUGAAAGAUAGCGGAAGGGAAGCAUCAGCUGAGGACGGUGGAAGCAAGAAGCCAAAGCAGGGCAACUGGACGGCGCAGCUUCACUUCGUCUGGGAUUUGAUCGUUGCUCAUUUUGUCAAACUCGGUGCCCAGUCCAAGAGUGAUGCCACCGAACAAUUCAAACAAUUUUGGAACCGAGUCGUGGAUGAAAGUUUCUUUUCCAAGAAUGCCUCGGAUAGCCAGAAGUUUUCGGGCUUUAUGAUCUUCCAAAAGAUGCUCGAAGGCGCCACCGAUUCCCCUUCUAUGGUGUCGGCCCUUUUCAGCAAGAAUCUCAUGGUGUCUCUUAUGAACCAAGCUGCCAAGGAGGACCGGUAUCUCCACCGCGCAGCUGUCAAGGCUUUGAAAGGCAUUGAGGCUGUUGUUGAGAAAGCACCACACAUCCUCCCCACCGUUCUCAAGGAGCUUCUUGGGAAACAGGGAGCGUACAACUUUGAGCAGCGCACAAACACGAAGACGAUUGACAAGCUGCUGCAACAGACAACACCCACCACAGUUAAGCAGGUCCUCAAGAUCCUGCAGCUCAAGGAUCCGUCAAAGAGCGGGCUUGACGAGUCAAAGUACUACCAGGCGCUCGGGGCCUAUUUGUUCAGACUCGCGAGCGUGCCAUCCGAGGACGCUGAGGCCGACACCUCGCGCAAGUCGGUUCCUGGUCUAGCAAUUAACGCUUUGACCGACUUGGCCUAUUCAAACACGUUGGUGCCCGCUGGCAUCAAGGAAACAUUACGGACGAGGUCGACGUCGGCUUUCGCAAAGCUGGUUCGGAGGCCGGAGGAUUUCGGGCAUCUCUGUGGCGCCAUCUUGUCUAUCGAGGCCGAGAUCGAUUCGGAUGAUGAAGUCGCCGGCUCCAUUCUCCCUGACGCCUACGAGAGGCUGAAGGACCUGCUUGAUCCUGCGAAAUGCACGGAUCGCUCAAGAGCACCUCGGCAAGCGUUAGCUUUGCUACAUGCUGUGGGCAUUCUUCAGUUCUACAACCAGGACCCCGAUGUGAUAGAUCUCUUCGACGAGCUUUCGGAAUGCUACGACAAGCUCGAGAGCUAUGACCAGGAGUCCGGCGAGGGCAUUUCCGAAUACCUUGUAGAAAUUCUUCUCGCAAUGGUUGCCCGACCGUCGUCGCUCAUGCGCCAGGUUUCGCAGCAGGUUUUCGAGGCCUUCACCGGCUACAUGACGGAGGAUGCGCUCAGACUCCUCAUUGACCCACUGGCAGCGGAAGAGAGUGCCAAGGGACAGCAAGCUCUGUUUAGCACGGAGGACGAAGACAUGAUGGAUGCUGAAGCUGCUGACGGCGAGAGCGGCGAGAGUGACGAGGAGGAACUCGAUUCCGACGUCGAGAUAGUGAACCUCGAGGAGGCCGGCUCAGACGGCCCCGAUGACAGCGAUGAGGACUCUGGCGAUGAGGAGGAAAACAAGGACGCAGACGCCGUGGACAAGGACCAAGAAGCGCUCGACGCGCUCGACAACGCGCUCGCGGAAGUCCUUGGCAGCCACCGGCUCGACCAGGACGCCGACGCGGACACGGACCACGAAUCCGACAUGACGGACUCGGAGAUGAUGGUGGUGGACGAGAAGCUCGCCGAGAUCUUCAAGCAGCGCGCCAAGACGAGCAACAAGAAGAAGGAGAAGAAGGACGCCAAGGACACGGUCGUCAACUUCAAGCACCGCAUCCUCGACCUCCUCGCCAUCUACGUCAAGAAAGAGGCCGCCGCCACCGCCGGCUCUGCGCACGUCUUCCGCGUCCUGCUCCCCUUACUCCACCUCAUCCGCACGACCACGACCAAAGCGCUCGGCAACAAGGCCUGCGACAUCAUUCAGACCUUCUCCAAGAGCCUCAAGAAGGCGCGCGGCGGCAGCCAGGUGGCUGCAAUCCCCGGGCUGGAUCUCGGCGCCAUGGGCUCGCUGAUGGCGGAGCUGCACGAGGAGGCGGCCCGGGAUGCGUCGCAUGCGUUUGCGCGGGCGGCGUCGACGGCGUGUCUGGCGGUGGCGUCGGUGACGUGCUGCGACGCGGAGCGGGAGGCGGAGGUGUUUGCGCUGUAUGCGAGGACGCAGCGCAGGUGGUUUGAUGGCGAGGUCAAGAUCCAGGCGUCGUUCUUUGGGGAUUGGUUGAAUUGGUGCCAGAGCCAUGCGAAUACGGCUGCUGCGGCGGCGGCGGACGAGAAGUAA